GUCUCGUUUCCGGGGAAGUCAAACCUCUCCUGCUUUUUUUUUUUUUAUAACCUUUAAAUUAAUUUAGAAUCCAGAUAAGCCUUGAUCUGAGGAUGAUAUAACCUCAGCAAGCAACAUGGGAACCUCUAGAAAAAUCAGAAAGACUUCACAAAACAUGAUGUGAUGUCUACUGGUGGAGACAGGCCACGAGGUCCAGAGAAGAAGGGGUGGCCUGAUCCAGGGACAAUGAGGAUGUAAUGUUGAAGAAUCAGCUGGAGGAAAGAAGCAACAGGCACCAUGGAAAAGACCAAAACAAAGCAAGGAGAGAAUGAACAUAUGCCGAUGAAUAACCCUUCCACACAGAUUUACCAGUUGCAGGCCUUGGCCUCUGAACUCAAAACUGGUUUCACGGAAGCAAUGCAAGAACUGUCAAGAAUUCAACAUGGAGAAUAUGCUUUGGAAGAGAAGGUUAAGAGCUGCCGAUGUUCCAUGGAAGAAAAAGUUACUGAGAUGAAGAAUUCGUUAAACUAUUUCAAGGAAGAGCUGAGCAAUGCCAUGUCAAUGAUUCAGGCCAUCACUUCCAAGCAAGAAGAAAUGCAACAGAAAAUUGAACAGCUUCAGCAGGAAAAGCGAAGGGAAUCUCGAAAGGUUAAAGCCAAGAAAACUCAAAAAGAAGAACAUGGCUCACAGGCUGGGCCUGCUCAAGCACAAGGAAGUCCUUUCCGUUCAAUCAAUAUCCCUGAGCCUGUUCUUCCAAGUGAAGACUUUACAAACCUUUUGCCUUCUCAGGCCUAUGAAAAAGCCCAAGAAUCCAGAUCCAUGCAUGUAGCAGACAGUAAUGUGAAGGGGAUGAUGGGUCCUGGAAUGAACCCAACAACUCCAGAAGCAGAAGAAAACCUUAAGUCUUGCCUCUCGGCUGAUAUCCAGCCCAAGAGCCAUCUCUCAUCUGGUGUGUGGAGGCAGCCUAAGGAUGGUAAAGAAUGGGGCGAGGAAUAUGUCACAAAAGACCACCCAGAUAAACUCAAGGAUGCUGGCCAGGGCAGACACAGCUCCCUGGAAAAUGUUUUAUGUGAAACCUCUUUAGCUGCUAAAAGACAGACCGUGGCUCUAGAACUGCUUGAGUCAGAGAGAAAAUAUGUCAUUAACAUCUCUCUGAUCCUGAAGAUCAAGGCAACAUUCCAAGGGUCAGAUGGAAAGAGGAAUUCCAAAGAGAGAAGCCUCUUCCCUGGCUCUUUACGGUACCUUGUCCAGCAGCACCUCGAUUUGCUUCAUGCUCUGCAGGAAAGGGUCCUGAAGUGGCCACGCCAAGGAGUUCUUGGAGAUUUAUUCCUAAAGUUAACAAAUGAUGAGAAUAAUUUCUUGGAUUAUUACGUUGCCUACCUAAGGGACCUGCCUGAAUGUAUCUCUUUGGUUCAUGUUGUUGUUCUGAAGGAGGGUGAUGAAGAGAUUAAAUCUGACAUCUACACACUGUUUUUUCACAUAGUCCAGCGCAUCCCUGAAUAUCUGAUACAUCUGCAGAAUGUCCUGAAGUUCACAGAGCAGGAACACCCUGACUAUUACCUACUUCUGGUGUGUGUUCAGCGCCUUCGAGUAUUUAUCUCGCAUUACACCCUGCUGUUUCAAUGCAAUGAGGAUUUGCUUAUUCAGAAACGGAAGAAGCUCAAGAAGUCAUCCAUGGCAAAGCUGUACAAAGGGCUGGCUUCCCAGUGUGCAAAUACUGGACAAGAUGCUUCCCCUACUGCAGGCCCCGAGGCUGUCCGUGACAGUGGGAUCCACUCAGAAGAGAUACUGCAACCCUACCCUUCUGCUCCCAGUUCGGGCCCGGCUGUCACACAUUUGAUGCCCCCAGUGAAGAAAAGCCAACAACAGCAAAGCCUGAUGGAGAGCAUGCAGCCUGGGAAACCCAGUGAGUGGGAGAUGGAGGGCAGAAAGCACGAGAGGCCCGAGAGCCUCCUGGCACCGGCGCAGUUCUGUGCGGCCGAGCAGGACGUGAAGGCGCUCGCCGGGCCCCUGCAGGCCAUCCCCGAGAUGGACUUCGAGCCCUCGCCCGCCGAGCCGCUGGGCAACGUGGAGCGCUCCCUGCGCACCCCAGCGGAGCUCCUGCCCGACGCCCGCGGCUUCGUGCCCGCGGGCUACGAGGAGUUCGAGUACGGCGGCGAGAUCUUCGCGCUGCCCGCGCCCUACGACGAGGAGCCGUACCAGGCCCCGGCCCUCUUCGAGAACUGCUCGCCCGCCUCUUCCGAGUCCAGCCUGGACAUCUGCUUCCUGCGGCCCGUCAGCUUCGCCAUGGAGGCCGAGCGGCCCGAGCACCCGCUGCAGCCGCUGCCCAAGAGCGCCACGUCGCCGGCGGGCAGCAGCGGCGCCUACAAGCUGGAGGCGGCGGCGCAGGCGCACGGCAAGGCCAAGCCGCUGAGCCGCUCGCUCAAGGAGUUCCCGCGCGCGCCGCCCGCCGAGGGCGUGGCCCCGCGCCUCUACAGCACGCGCAGCAGCAGCGGCGGCCGCGCGCCGCUCAAGGCCGAGCGCGCCGCGCAGCCGCACGGCCAGGCCGCCGCCGCCGCGGCUGCAGCCGCCCGCGGCGCGCCCAGGACCUUCUUUCCCCAACAGAGGUCCCAAAGCGAAAAGCAGACCUAUUUGGAAGUAAGGAGGGAGAUGCAUUUAGAAGACACCACCAGAUUCUGUCCAAAGGAAGAAAGAGAAAGCGAACAAACAUCUUUCAGCGAUCAAAACCCCAGGCAAGACCAGAAAGGGGGCUUUCGCAGCUCCUUCCGCAAGCUCUUUAAAAAGAAGUCCAGUGGAUCAGAAUACAGGGAAAAAACUAAUGAGAAUCCCUCAAUGGAUCCUUCACCCACCAAACAAGAUUUCUUCAGAAACCGACUUGCUCUUGCAAAUGACCUUGACCAAGGAACAGCUGUGUAAAACAUACUUAAAGUUGUGUUGUCAAGUGGUAAGUUACAGAGUUCCUCAAACGUUAAAGACUAAUGUCUCAUCCAGAAGAAAAGAUUUUAGAACAGAAGGCUGUACAAGAUUUUAAAAACAGAGAUUUAUAUCGAUUUCAUCACAAUCUUCCCUUUCAAGAAUCUACUUCCUGUUCUGCAAAUCUAUUUGUAAGGUGAGGCUACUCAAAAUAUCAUGUCUAGGAAGCAAAAGCAGUGGUCACUGUAGAGAUGCUGAGCUGUCACUGAGGGAGAGCGAGCCCAGGCCCUUAGUAGAGAAGGUUCCAAGUAUCCCUGAGCUGUAUUCUAAAUUUAGACUGGCCCCUCCUCUUUUCAAAGGAAAAGUUUAUUUCGGUCUAAAAGUCUAAAAUCAAUAUUCAGAUCCAUUUCUCCUCAGAUGCCACCUAAGUUAGGCUAAAAAGUUGUGGGAUAUCAAAGGUACUUUUAA